AUGUCGUUUCCUCGAAUGCGGCGUGAUGCUGCGAUGGAUCCUGAAGAAGAUGAUCCCAUGGAGCUAGAAAACACAAUGCCUCAAGAAACAGAACUGAACGACCCAAGCCCACAGUUUAAUUUUGGCGGCAACUCUGGCACAAUUGGCCAACAGGGGGAAAACUAUGGGACGGCUAUCGGCCAGCAACACAAUAACCGGUAUGGGCGACGUCAGUUUAAUUUUGGAGGCAACUCUGGCACAAUUGGCCAACAGGGGCAGAACAUGGGGACGGCUAUUGGCCAGCAACACAAUAACCGGUAUGGGCGACGUCAGUUUAAUUUUGGAGGCAACUCUGGCACAAUUGGCCAACAGGGGCAGAACAUGGGGACGGCUAUCGGUCAGCAACACAACGGUGGAUAUUACGGAAAGUGA